AUGAAUGAUGUGCUGAACGCGCGGGCGCGGGCGUCGACGUUGGCGGCGGGGAUGGCGAAACAACCGGAUUACGACGCGCGCUCGUGGGCGCGCACGGCGCUGAGCGCGUCGACGUCCAAGCGCGCGUUGGGGGCGUACGCGCGGCCGUUGGCGUGCGUGAACGCGAUAUCGUUGAUUUGGACGAUUUUACGAGAGACGAAAACGUUGAAGAGCUCGGUGACGGGGGUGAACACGAGCUUUGAUUCGGCGUAUUCGUUGACGUUUAGCGCCAUGGGAUUUUUAUUAGUGUUUCGUCUCUCGCGCGCCGCGGUGCGGUGGUGGGACUGUCGAACCGCGUUCGGAGGGAUAACCGCGGGUGUGCGUGAUUUCGUGGAUGUGUUUUUAAUCUACGCCUCGGGGAACGCUCGGCGAGAGGGCGUCGCGGACGACGCGAGCGCGUGGGCGUGCGCGUUCGCCGCCGCGAGCAAGGCGUUCUUACGCGGACAAUCCGAUGGCGCGGUGAGAGAGGAGUUCACUGGGAUUUUGAGUGAGGAGGAUGUGCGGGCGAUGAACGAGGCGACGCAUCCGCCGUUGUUCGCGCUGUCGAUGUGUCGACGGUGCGUCAAGACGGCGUUUUAUCAUUCGUCGUCGUCGAGCGCGCCGUCUCACGAUCCAUCGAGCGCGCUCGCGGAUGCGAGCGUUCGAGGCGAGCUCAACAAACAGUGUGAAUUCUUGGCGCUCCAAGUCGGCGCCCUCGAGCGUUUGAGGGCGACGAAGAUUCCGGAGAUUUACGUAAUCCAUUUGCGGACAUUUUUAAUGGUGUACCUGACGUCGAUGCCGUUCGUCUUCGUCAACCGCUGGGGAUGGGGGACGAUCCCAGCCGUCUUCGCGGUCUCGUUCGCUCUGUUAGGGAUCGAGGGCGCGGCGACGGAGUGUGAGAUCCCGUUCAACGCGGAUCACGUGAACCAUCUCAAGAUGGACGCGUACGUCAUGGGAUGCUUUGCCAACGUCGCGGCAAUUUUAGACUGGAACGCCGAGCGCGAGCGCGGGGAACGCGUGGGUGAAGUCAUUCGCUCGUCCGAGAUCGAGGAGACGAAAAUCGUGGUCGAUCCGUAG